CCAUUUUCUUAGCUCACCCUUCUUUUAACCUUCCUCUGUUUUUCUCUCUGUAAAUUGUUUUUCUUUUUUUGCCAUGGUCGUUUGGUUUUUUGGAUCGUUAUAGGCUCUGCUAGCUCUUUGAGAUUCUGUUGCAUUUGGCUCCUCCUUUGUAUAGUUUCCAUCCAGAUCACAACAACAAGGCCCGUGAGGAGGAGCGAUGUGCAUGUACAUAUUGGUUGCAUUUUAAAUACAUUCUCUCUUUGAUUUUUUUCUUUUUUCUUUUUUCAAUUAAGCAAGCGAAACCAUUGAUUAAAGCUCAAGCCACGCAACAGAGAGAGAAUUGGAACCAUGUUGCAGCAUGUGAUUCAGCAGCAGCAGCAGCAGGAGCAGGAUGAAAUUUCCAGCCAGAUUAGUGCUCAAAUUUUUGAUUUUUGUGAUCCUGAACUAUUCCAAGAGACCCUACAGAAUUCAGAGGUUACUUCUUCUCCAAAUUGCUGCUAUGAAGAAAAUUCCUCCUUUGCUACAAAUCUUUCACUUCCCCCAGACAUAGAAACUAAGUUCAGUACCUACCAGGAUAACAAUGGCAAUACUGACACAACCAUUGCACAAACCCCCACAACAACUAGCACCACUACCACAACCACAAGCACCAACACCACCACCACUGCCGCUAGCACUAACACCGUCACCAACACCACCAACAACAAUAGUGGCAAUCUUUCCAUAAUCUUUGAUUCCCAAGAAGAAAUUGAUAAUGACAUAUCAGCUUCCAUCGAUUUUUCUCAAUCCCCUCCUUUUUCCGUGCCUCCGUUUCUUGUACCCCAACAAGAACAAUUUGAUUUCUCUUCAGUGCCACCUCAAAUCUCCUUAGCAGAUUCUGUUGUUGAGGGAUUUUCUCAGUACUCUGCUGAUCCUGUAGUGCCUCUUAUGCCGGCUCCAUUAUCAUCGGUUUUUGAAGAGGAUUGCUUGUCUUCAGUGCCUUCUUAUGUUCCUUUGAACCCUUCUUCUCCUUCUUGUUCUUUUCUUGGUCCUGGUAUGGGACCACCAUACAUGACUGCUGGGACUAUAAAUCCUGCUGCAUUAUCUGCUGACAGUUCUGGAAUUUUCACCAGCAGCAUCCUUAUGGCUUCUGAACUUCAACCGCAAGAUUUGGAAUAUCAGGGAGACAAUGGUGGAAUUUUCUGUCCAGAAUCAUUACCGAGGGUUUUUAACCCCGAAGAUCUUCAGGCACUUAGUGCUGAGAGUCAACAACUGGUGAAUGGAGCUGGGAAUUCUACUUCUUUACCAACAGAGAUUCCAAUAGCAGAAGACCCAAAUUUUAAAGUAGGAAAGCUCUCUGUUGAAGAAAGGAAAGAGAAAAUCCAUAGGUACAUGAAGAAAAGGAAUGAAAGGAAUUUCACCAAGAAAAUCAAGUACGCCUGCCGCAAAACACUUGCAGACAGCAGACCUCGAGUCAGAGGAAGAUUUGCGAAGAACGAUGACUUCGGAGAGACUCAUAGACCUGCUUGUAGCAACCAUGAAGACGACGAAGACGAUGAAGUAGUUGUGAAAGAGGAAGAGGAUUUGGUUGAUUCCUCAGAUAUCUUUGCUCAUAUCAGUGGAGUGAACUCUUUCAAAUGCAGCUAUCCCAUCCAAUCGUGGAUUUGAGUAGUAUACUAGCCAUAGACUAAUUAAUCUACCAAUUUUGCAGGACCCUGUUUCCACCAGGAUUUGUCUGUCCUUGGUUUAAUAAAAAAAAAUUCAAUAAAUUGGGUCAUUAAUAUUAUCCAAUAAAUAAGUGAGUCAGGACUGUAUAGAAAAGUGCAUAACAAUGUUAAGUUCUUGUGAUGCUAUUUCUUGUACAAAUUUCAAACUUGUAAGGUGUACAUUUUCAUGGCAUCUUUACUUGAAUACCAGUGGAACAAUUUUAUGUGGGUAAACUGCCGAAUACCCCCCCUAAA